AAAAAUCCUCAAACUUAUCUCAUCUCCGCCGCCACCCAACCAAUUCCCCAUCUUCUUCGGGAUCUCCUCCGCCUCCACUCACAACCUCCCUCAUGUACCUCCUUAAUUUCCACGCCGAACCAGUCCUCCCGCAGCCAUCCUCUGCUUCCUUCGCAGCUAGCGCAACCUUCUCCUCCUUGCCUUUCCCAAGCCCAAAGGAGAGCAACUCCUUCAUGUCCCGCCUUGCUCCGAUGGCCGGCGACCAGCCAAACAGCAACAUCCCCGAGCAUGGAUCUCUCAUCUCUCUGGUUCUCUGUUGUUCGCAUGGAAUUGGAGCAGCCAUGGCGCUGUGCGCCCACGCUGGUGCCCGAGGCAAGCCAAGUCGCACGAGCUUGCCUCCUCACGCCAAAGCCUCCUACCUCAUCGGAGCACCGCAGCGUCGCCAUUGCAGCCCGGAGCACACCGUCAACCACCCCGAUGCCAUUGGGAACGGGACGGUCACCCUCGAAUCCAGUCCUCACGCCCGUCUCCGACCCCGACCGUGUGGACUCCUGUCACCGCGCUGUAGUCCCGAACGUUGGCGCCCUAUUGUUUCCCCGCCAUGAGAAUCUUCCCCCCUCGAUCUGAACUUCAAUUCUUUCCUAGAUCCAUUUUGCCAUGUUGAUGUUAUAUUGUCACUGCUGUUAUCCUCCACAAGCAGUCUAUUAGCCGAGAUGGUUACCGCAACAGUGCUACAUCCUGAAGGUCUUGAGAUCAAAUCUUCAUAACUUUGUUUUUUUA